GCCGGACCGCCGCCUGCAAAGAAGAUGCCCUCGCCUUGCCGCCGAGCCCUUCUGCUCCUACUGGCCCUGCUGCUGCCCUCGCCAUCCCUGGCCCGCGCCCCUGCUGCCCCGGGCCCUGCCGCCUCCCUGCUGCGGGCUCUCGGGUUGUCCGACGCACCCCGGGACGCCCCCACGUCCCGGCCCGUACCCCCGGUCAUGUGGCGCUUAUUCCGCCGCCGGGACCACCAGGAAGCCAGGGCGGGCUCAAGGAGAACACCCCCGGCGGCCGCCCUGCGGCCGUGCCACGUGGAGGAGCUGGGGGUCGCUGGAAACAUCGUGCGCCACGUACCGGACCGCGGCGCGGCUGCCCGGCGCCCGGAGCCCGCCUCGGCUGCCGGGCAGUGCCCGGAGUGGACCGUCGUCUUCGACCUGUCGACCGUGGAACCGGCAGAACGCCCAAGCCAGGUUCGCCUGGAGCUGCGCUUCGCGGCUGAGGAGGCGUCGGCGGGGAUGGCGGGCAGCUGGGAGCUGAGCGUGGCGCGCGCGGGCUCUGGUCCGGUGCUGCUCCGCCAGGCGGUGACCGCCCUGGGAACGCCGGUGCGCGCUGAGCUGCUGGGCGCCGCCUGGGCCCGCAACGCCUCGGCGCCGCGCAGCCUCCGUCUAACACUGGCGCUGCGUCCUCGGGCCCCCACCGUUUGCGCGCGCCUGACCGAGGCCUCGCUGCUGCUGGUGACCCUCGACCCGCGCCUGUGCCACCCUCUGGCCCGGCCGCGGCGCGAGGCCGAGCCCGCAGUGGGCGGUGGCUCGGGGGGCGCGUGUCGCACGCGGCGGCUCUAUGUGAGCUUCCGCGAGGUGGGCUGGCACCGCUGGGUCAUCGCGCCUCGCGGCUUCCUAGCCAACUACUGCCAGGGAAAGUGCGCGCUGCCCGCCGCGCUGUCGGAACCGGGUGGGACGCCCGCGCUCAACCACGCGGUGCUGCGCGCGCUCAUGCACUCGGCCGCCCCCGGCGCCGCCGGCCUGCCCUGCUGCGUACCCGCGCGUCUAUCGCCUAUCUCUGUGCUCUUCUUUGAUAACAAUGACAACGUGGUACUACGGCACUACGAGGACAUGGUGGUGGAUGAGUGCGGCUGCCGCUGAUGGGGGCAGGUGGGCGGUGGCAACAAUAAACACUACGUGGUCCGCUCUACUGUCUUCUUGAGCCGUGCCAGGGUGGUUGGGGGUGGGGAGGGAAGCGGCCGAGAGCAUCACCAUGAUCCACCAGGGUGGUGGUAGUGGGGUAGUCUACAGCGACGCCACCGGCCCAUCCCUCCCAAGCCUUCCAGAACCCCCAUCUCCCGGCGGCCCAUGGCAUGCGCCUGAGCUCUGGGAAUUGCCUGAGCAGUCUCCGCUGUGCAUAUUUGGCCUGUCUCAGCCUUCCCAUCUAGGUGGUUCCAGGUCCUGCGACGCCAACCAGCCAGACCCCCAGACCAAGUCCUAUGCCACCCCCCCCCCGUAGUUACCCAGCCCGGGGGUGAAUGCAAGAGCUAUUUUAUUAAGAUUUUUAUUGGUGACAAAAGAGCUUAAAACAAAUUGACCAAAAAAUCAAAAGUUAACGUUGCCUUGGUACAGAUGCGCCUCAAUUUAGGAAACUCAUAGUAACUGCUGCUAAGGUGGAGAAAAAAACGCAAACAGCACAAAGCGGAGGCAAAGCAUUCCAAGGAACAGAACAGGGUGGGUGGGUGUGUCACCCAUGGGGAGUUCACACAUGGGGUCAGAGCAGAAACCUAUCCAAACUCUAUGCAGCUACCAAAAGAAGUGGGAACCGAAAGCCCUACAGCAAUGGUAAUAAAUAAGAGGCCUUGCCAGAAGGAAGGUGGCCUGUACGUCCCCAUCUCUCCCGUGUACCAGCUGGAAUCUGGAGGCUCUGGGAUAAGGCCAGUGUCAGGCACACCGGGAGGGGGAUGCUGGGGGUCAGGGUCAUCAAGGCCCAGAUAGGCAGGAUUAGGGUUAGACGGUCCCGACUAGAUCUGGCCAGGGGAGGCUAAUACCUCACCAUGGUUUGGGAAGAGCUGGGGUGAUUCCACCAGCUACAAUAACUUCUCCAAGUGCAACCAGACCCAGGCAGAGACCCCCUUGUAUGGCCAGAUGGAACAAACUCUUCCAAGGCCUUCCACACAGAACUUAUUUCUGAAACUUACUUCCCUUUCCCCCCAAAGCAGAAACGACCCCACCUCAUUGAAGCUGUGCCCCACAGGUAGAAAGGGCUCCAACUAAGGGAGUAGGGUGGGGAACGAAGGGGGAUGGGGUGCUCAGUGAGUCUAACCCAUCACAGGCACAGUGCGCGCCUGCCCGGGGGACAGGGACGGAUCUUCCUGGCUGCUGCUUUCCACCAAAUCCUCAGGAAGGAACCCAGGGAAGAAGCCACUGACGGGUGAAUAGCUACCUUCCCGCCCUCCGGCCUCAGGGCCAAGUCCUGCCAGAGGCCCCUCCUGGGGGGGGGGUGGGUGGGAGCGGGGCCGAGUCCACGGCGCACUGGAAGCGCUUUGUUUCUCGGAGUCCAGCGGAGACCACGGAGCUGCCUGCCCGGCCGAGGACCGCGCUCCCUCACUGCCCUGAUGCACAGGGAGAAGCCGCUGGAAGCUAAAACUGAAAAAAAUCCUCCUCACGUCACAGGUGUCGAUUCCAAUCUUGAGUUGUGUCGCCUUGUUUAAACUUCGUUUCUGGAAGCUUCUGACAUCUCCCAGGUCCACCACUAAGAUUUGAGAGAUAAACUCAAGAAAGUAUUUUUUUCAGUACUCCCUUCAAAGAAUCUUAAAAAAAAAAAAAA